AUGGAAGAUACUAAAGCCCAAAGAAUACGCACUGCGGUUAAAGCACGCACUUUUCCCUCACAGCCAAGAGAAAGAGCCAAGGCGAAGAAGAUGAACCUCGAAGCAACAAGAAACUGUAAAAAGAGAGAGCAAAAAGCUAUUAAAAAGACCCAACAUUUGAGUUACAAAACUCAGAUAUUUGAUAUUUUCCUUGACCAAAAUCCCAGAAGAGAUCGUUUACCUCAUGAAAAGUCAGAAUUUACCCAGUACGAACUCGAUUUAGUGACCACUAAUAAACAAGGCAAAUUAUUGGCCGAGAUGAAGAGCAAGCAGAUUAUAUUUGAAGAGCUUCAUCUUCGGUCUUCCUACUUAGAGAAUGAGAUGCAGUUAACCUCCAAUGGAAGUGUCAAGUACAGAAAAGUGCCUAAAAAGGCGAACCAUAAUAUCCAGGAUCGACCUGAAGUGAAGAGAAAGGAGGAGAGCAACCAGACGAUAACUUUAGUUGUAAAUAAAGUUGAUAAGCUUGUAUCACCUCACAAAAAAUACCCUAUACUAAGUAUCCAGCCCAAACCCACCAGAGCCCGUAUCAAAAAGCGUAAAAACCCACCUCCACCUCCUACAACCUCUCUUAACCCUCCUCAAAAUCCCCCACAGACUCUCUCCAGCUCCCUUCCAAAAGCCGCUUCGACUCCUACUCCCCCACUCAAAACCCCUACCCAUCCUUCUCCUCCCCACCCCUCUCCAGAAAUCACUCCUCCAGUACAAAUCCCUUCGAGUCCCUGCCAAGAUCCUCCCCAAGCACCAAACCCAGCUCCUACUUCUGUGAAUUCUCCAGUGAAACCAAGGGCUGCAGCUGCGCUGCAGCCAAGCUUGGUUCCGUCAGGGAGUUUAAUUAAUGGACUUGUCAGGCUAGUGCAGAUGAAGGAAAGAGCGGAUUUGAAUGUAAAGAUGCAAGGACUUUUGUGGGAUUAUAGAGACAAGGUUCAAGAACUCUCAAUGGAAGAUAUUAUAAUCAAGGAUAUAAAGGAUAAUUGUAAGAAAUUUCUGAUCUUUAAGACACAGUUCUGGAGUUACCUAUCAGAUGAAAAGGUUGAUCAAGCUCAAAGAUACGAGAUUGCAGAUAAAUACAUCAAAGAGAUGUUGUUUGCAGGUGACAGAUUGAGAUUUAAUGGAGAAAAGCUUAUUGAAAAGAUCAUUAUCCCCAUGGUCAACCAAGACCACUGGUUCUUAGCAGUCGUAGAUCUGGUGGAUCUUCGAAUUGCUCUUUAUGACUCCAUGUUCUAUAAAAACCAAGAUACCUCAUUAAUGACGUUUAAAGAUCUUUGAAGGUACUUUAAAAACUCAGCUAUUAUCCAAGCAAUGAUUCAGCGUUCAAAAGCCUUCUAUCUUCAUGGUGAAAAGAUAGGCUACUUUGUGAAAAGGCAACCAAUGACUCUAUCUGAAGACUUUUCAGACUUUCAAGUUUAUCUGGCAAAUUGUCCUCAGCAAGAACAUCUAGGCUCCUCUGAUCUUCAUGUGUGCUUGAAUCUUUAUUGCAUAUGCAUCGGCCUUUCCGAUCAGUUUGAUUAUAUUAUGAACGAAACAUUCACUAGAACCUGUCUUCUGCGAUCUCUGGGCAACGCUCACAUUUCCUUCCUUCACUCCAUAAACCCAGUCAAGAGGUUGCUCUGGUCGAACAUAAUCCAGCCCAUCGCUCAGCCACCAAUCGGAUUUCCUGAAGCCUCACCAAUAUACCCACAAGUGGGUGCUUAUAUUCGAAAUAUCUAUGAUUCUACUAAUUAA